GCUGGGUGAGCCGCGAGGGCCUGGUGUAGCACGAGAAGCCAUUUUGUCGUCCAUAUCGUUUCCCGGGGCCGAAACUAAACACCUUCAUGACCGCACAUGAAGCGACUUGACGAGGAACUCAAGAAUGAUUGUCACCGCCCUCUUACCCCAGUAAGUCCCCAACAUGAAGAAGUCCACUGGAGCUCCGCUGGCACCCGUGUGGGUCGCUCACACACCCACACCAGAAAAGAGCAAUGUCUCCUCAAGCAGCGCAUCCAGCGUUCCGCCUUAUUUGGAGAAGGAUGACAAAAAAGGCAGCAUGAAGGACCGGCUGAAAACCCUCAUCCCUCUGUCAUGGGGCAGCAUGGUCCAGUACCGGAAGAAAGAGGAAGACGGCGCCGAUGACUCUGAAGCAAGCAGCGGUCGGAUCCAGAUCCUACCCAACGGGACCAGGGUGAGCCCUCCCGUGAGUCCCUUGGUGGACCGCAAGAAAUGGAACGAAACCCUGCAGGACACCUCUACUGACGAGGUCAGAAAUGGAAACUCCAUUGAGGACUCCUUGCUCACAAGCAUCCACCCGGCGGAGUACUAUGCUGAGAAGCUGGAGGUCUACAAGCUCAAGUACUCUUACCUGAAGUCAUGGCCCGGCCUUCUCAGGCUUCUCGCCGGCGUUGAGCUCCUGUUCGGGGCCAUGGUUGUUGCUUGUGUCAUCGGCUACAUCCAGAAAGACAGCGAAUGGUCCAACACCUACGGGCACUACAAUGGCGUGUACAACAACGGGCUGGGCCUGUCUGGAUACAGCUACAGCGGCCCUAUGACUCCCUUCGUUGUGUCGGUGGCCGGAGUCUCUUGGAUCAUGACCCUGAUCCUCCUGGUAAUGGGAAUGACGAUGUAUUACCGCACCAUCCUCCUCGACGCCCCCUGGUGGCCCGUGACCGAAGCCUUCGUCAACGUGGCGCUCUUCCUGCUCUACAUGGCGGCGGGGAUCGUGUACGUGAACGACUUGAACCGCGGCGGGUUGUGCUACAUGACCAUAGGCGUCCAUCCGAUACUGGCCGGUCUCUGUCGGGUGGAAGGGGGCCAGAUGGCGGGGACGGCCUUCCUCUUCAUCAACAUGGCGAUGUAUCUGGGAAGUUUCCUGGUCUGUCUGAAGAUGUGGCGGCACGAGGCCAAACGGAGACAGAGGGGGUACUAUGAGGUCAAGUUCACGAGUCUAAAAGAAGGCCCUGGCUCCAACCUGCUGGCCCCGCCAAAAGCAAAACACAUGUCCAUCAAGGCUGAAACAGAAAGGAGCGCACGCCAAAGCCUCGCCAGCCCGCAAGUCCAGAAGAGUCCUGCCUGUCGGAACAAAACCGUGACGCCGGCAUGCGUUCCAGAAGUCCACAUCAUCGCAGACUAUAUCAUGAAGUACCCAGAAAUCGGCAGCCCGGACGAAAGGGAAAAGUACAAAGCUGUGUUCAAUGACCAGUAUCAAGAGUACAAAGAGCUUUACAAAGACAUCAGCAUCACUCUCAAUAAGUUCAGUGAGCUGGAUGCUGUCAUGGCACGACUCAUCACCCAGGGGAAAAGCCAAGAGGACCGAGCCAGGAUCCAAAAGAUCGUGGCGCAGUAUGACAAGAAGAAGAGCGACCCUGCUUUCCUGGAGAAGAAACAACGUUGCGACUACUUGAAAGCUAAACUGAGCCACAUAAAAAACAGAAUACGAGCUCAUGACCUGGAGACUCUCAGACUAAACAAAUAUAAUGACUUGCGGGGUCAGCGAUACCUGAGAGCAGGUUCAGGCACGGGCCGAGGUCAACCAAGACUGAGCGUGACGUGCAUGCUGGAACACUACAUGGAAAUAAAAACUACCAUGCAUGAACCUCACCAUUACCAUAGCCGCCCUCUGUACGGCCCGCCCUCCAGCAACACCACCCACAGCUUCUAUCCUCCAGGAAGCGUCCUGUCCCCCCAGAGCCAAUAUGUCCGCUACGCCUCCAAGCCGCCAGCAGAGUCCCACUACACGGAGGACAGGCCUCAACACUUCCACCGAUGGUUUUCACCUCCUGGUUUUGUCAAAACCUUCCAGGCAGCAACGGUGCUCAUGUGUUUCCUCAUCUUCGCCCUCGUGGCGUCGACUUUAGUGUGGGACAUGAGCGGGUUGGGGUACGGCGUCCCGGGGAGUGUUCCAGGGGCGGGACAGGGCUACUACGGCGGCAGCUACGGAUACGGCAGCUCCUACAUGACCCCGCAGUCUGCCAAGGCUGCCAUGAUCUCCAUGGCGGCAAUCAACUUCUUGAUUUCGCUGGGGUUCUUGGUAGGGAGCUUCUCGCGGUCGCGAGCCACGAGGGGCUGCACCUUUUACCUCGCUGUGUUCAUCUGUGAUGUCAUUUUAGCGGUCCUUCAGGGCAUCAUUGACAUCAUCUUUGUCAUCGGGGUGAACCCCAUGUCCCAGAGUUCCCAGAGCAUGCUGUACAACCCAAUGCUGAUGAUGUGCCAGAACAUUCCAGACAGGCCGAGCCUCAGUGGCAGCGUGGGCGCUGGAUUCCCGGGAGGGUUCCCCAUGUACAGCCAAUACUUGUACCACUACUGCUUCAUGGACCCCGAGGAGGCGGUGGCAUUGGCCUUAGGUUUGAUGGUGGUGUUAGCCUUAGCCUUUGCUGCUUACUACGCCUACAAGACACGCAGCAAAAUCUGGCGCCAUGGUGAAGCGAACAUCUACUGGGACGAGCCACGGGUCGGGCAGUCGGAAGGGCGGAACGUACAAGACUGGGUAAACCAUGUUGGAGAAGGACGCAGCACCCAGCAGGCACCGACUGUUGUUAUUUCAGAAAAAGCUGAAUCUUACCUCCAUGGGGAAAACAGUGUAGCAUCUUACAGACGGGAUACAGCCCUUACCCGCAGCGAGGGAAGUCUGAACAGCAACAUCGCUCAUGCUGUCGGCCGGAAGCGCCAAGAGGCUGAGCACGGCCACCAAAACAGCAGCUCCUCAGAUGAUGCUGAGAGCAGCAGGAAACCUCCUUCGCCUCCGCUUGCUCAGAGGCACAACAGAGAGCAUGAACGUGCCGCACCGGAGACGGUGGAGUCCCAAUAUGAAACAGGCUACACCAGCGGAGGAGCCACCGCGUGUGAGCUGGACCAAGACCAGGACCUCUACAGACGCUACCCAGAGAUCAUCUCCGACCAGCAGCGCCGGCGGUACAAGCGAGAGUUUGACUCCGCCAGGGCUCGUUAUAAAAUUCUCUGCCAAGAAAUGGACGACAUAAGUGACCGGAGUCACGAGCUGAGCCGGGAGCUGGACUCCCUGCAAAAAGGCUCCGUGAAGUACCAGGGUGUGGCCGAUGAAUACAACAGACUGAAAGAUCUCCAAAGGGCGCCUGGAUAUCAAGCCAAGAAAAAGGAGAGCAAAGAACUCCGGCAAAAACUAUUUCACGUCAAGCGGAUGGUGAAGAACUUUGACCGAGGUCUUUGUUAGCGUGUCAUAUUUUGACUUAUGACUCUUACUUUAUUAUUGUGGACUUUGCUCAUUUCAGUGGCCUUUAAAAUGAUGUUGCAUCCCAAUUGGUGACUAUAGUACGUUUU